AUGCUUUCUUUGAGCUGGAUAUUUCUUUGGCUUGUUGUAGGAGAAAGAAUGGAAGGAUUUAAUAUCUCAGAUUGCCCUACCAAAAGACUUGUUCGGACAUAUUCUUCAGGGAGUGAGGAGAAGCUUGUCUUAUUUUGUGACUUAAAAAAUUGCAAUGAUAAUAAGAGCCUGUCUGAUGUCCACUGGUAUCUGCAAUAUCCAAAUGGAACUCUGCUAGGGGAAAUUACCAAAAACUAUUCUCACAUCCUUCCAAACAAGAGCCUUUAUUUUUCGACCAUAGGGUUGAAUGAUUCUGGAUCAUAUAUUUGCAGACCCAGGAUGAGAAGUCCCCAGGAUGAGAACUGUUGUGUCAAGAUAGUAUUAGAGGUUAAGCCCAAGACAAAGGAAUCCUGUGCGAGCCCUGUACCACAUAAGCAAGCCCUUCUUCUUGGUGCAACUGACUUGAUUUUUUGCCCCUGUCUCAGCAACCAAAGUGGUGCACCAGAGCUGACCUGGUACCAGAAUGGAAAACUAAUGCCUGAAAUAAAGAGCAAUCCACUACCAGUGAACGAGGUCUUUGUGCAGAACCAGGGCACUUACGUGUGUGAUUACACUCAGUCUGACCAGGCCGGCUGGUGGACAGUCAGGGCUGUCAUCCGGGUGAUAACCAUUGUGAAAGAUACUAAACACAAGCCAGAAAUUCUGGAUCCCAUCAAUGACACUCUGGAAGUAGAACUUGGAAAAUCUUUAACUCUUAAUUGCACAGCACAAUUUGGCUUUGAAAAGGACUUUAAACCUGUGAUAAGAUGGUACAUAAAAGAUUCUGACCAGGAGUGGGAAUUUCCAGCAUCUGAGGAGGAAAGGAUUGAAAGUUUAACAGAUGACAAAAUUAAGCGAGCUAUCUUUUUGAAAGAGGUGACUCUGAGUGAUCUUCGCAAGAAGUUCAUUUGCUUUGCUCAGAACUCCAUCGGAAACACUACUCAGUCCAUCCAAUUGAAAGCCAAGAGAGGAGUGGUCUUCAUAUACAUACUGCUUGGGACCACCAUGACCCUAGCAGGAGUGCUGAUGGGCUGUGUGCUCCUCUACAAGUACUGGAUUGAAAUAGUCCUGCUGUACCGAACCUACCAGAGCAAGGAUGAAAUGUUCAGAGACAAAAAGGAAUUUGAUGCCUUUAUAUCCUAUGCAAAAUGCAGUUCUUUUGAGAAUGAGUCUGCUGUAUCUCUGAGUGAAGAAAACUUGGCUUUGAAUUUGUUCCCUGAAGUUUUGGAAAACAAAUAUGGCUAUGCCUUGUGCUUGCUUGAAAGAGAUGUGGUCCCCGGAGGAGUGUAUACAGAAGACAUUGUGGACAUUAUUAAGAAAAGUAGGAGAGGAAUAUUCAUCUUGAGCCCAGACUAUUUCAGUGGACCUGGUGUCUUUGAACUACAAGCAGCUGUGAAUCUUGCCUUGGAUGAUCAAACGCUGAAACUAGUUUUAAUUAAGUUCUGUUCCUUUCAAGAGCCAGAUACUCUACCUCAUCUAGUGAAAAAAGCACUUAGGGUGUUGCCCAUGGUCACUUGGAAAGGCUUAAAAUCAAUUCCUUCAAAUUCCAGGUUCUGGACACAAAUACGCUACCACAUGCCUGUGAAAAAAUCUAAAGGAUUCAUGUGAAGCUGACUAAGAAUCAUUCUGAGAUUUUUCUCUGGAAAAAAAAACAAAAAACAAAAAACAAAAAGAAAACAACAACAGAAACAAAGAAGCCACUGGGAGGAGCUCCCAGCCUAGGAAAUGAUGGCUGAGCCCUGAAGUAGCUCCCUCCAGUCCCUGGUGAGGAGAGAAGUUGAUGGACAGACAGCGUCGAUGGAGCAGAUAUAAAAUGGAAAGAUUCCUGCUAGCCUUGAGCAAGCUUGACGGGCGCUGGAUGACACAGAAGCUGUGGUCAUAACCUCGGAUUUCUUGAACCUGAUAGAGGCAGAAUGAAUUCUCCAUGCA